AUGGCGGGUUUGGUACUGUGUGAGCCAAAAGAGCUUUACAACAUCUUGAACCAAGUGACAAAACUUUCCAGAUUAACUGAACCCAACUACCUUUGUCUGCUGGAUGUGCGUCCCAAGCAGGACUAUGACGAAAGUCACGUGAUCACCGCCCACCGUGUGAAGAAGGCCGGUCAGUACGUCCUCCCCGAGUCGGUGGAUCUGGAGUGUGUGCGCUACUGUGUCGUGUACGACAGCAACACCUUCACCCUGGACGCGACCCUGAAAGUCCAGGACGAAAACUCUGAGGACUUGGAAAGCGAAGAUGACGGUGGGGGGCUCCAGGACAGGCCUCUCUCUGCUCUCCUCCCAGGACUGCCCUGCGGAGCUGCCAUAGAGUGUGGCCGAGUCGUGAGCCAACACACCCGCCAGCCCGUGCUCAUCCUGAAGGGAGGCUACGAGCUCUUCUCCGCCAUGUACCACUUUUUCCGGACGCAGAAGAUCAUCUGGAUGCCACAGGAGCUGGACGCCUUUAAACCGUACCCUUUUGAGAUCCUAGAAGGCCAGAUCUACCUGGGCAACUUUGCACAAGCCUGUGACCCUCAAAUCCAGAAGGAUCUGAAAAUCAAAGCUCACGUCAACAUCUCCACAGAGUCUACGCCCUUUUUUGUGGGUGACUCAGACAAGCUCCUGCACAUCCAGGUGAGGGACUCCGUGGACUGCAACCUCUUUCCUUUCCUCCGUCUCCUCUGUCACUUCAUUGAGGUUCACCUGGAGCUGGACUCCGUCGUCCUCAUCUUUUCCACGCGGGGCAUCAACCGCAGCUGCGCGGCCACCAUCGCCUUCCUCAUGCACUAUCACUCGCAGUCGCUGAAGAGGUCCUGGGCCUCUGUUAAGAGUUGCCAGAACAGCAUGAUUCUGAGCCGGAGCCUGGUGGUUCAGCUGUCGCAGUGGGAGAAGGUCGUGCUCGGGAACAUCAUCACAGACAUCCAGGAGCCAUUUUGCUGAUCCCCACACUCCACCUCUGGGUGCCAGAGAAGUGACUUUGCGGUUCCCCGGGAGGCAGGGGCCAGGGGAGAUGUACAG